AUGCUUCUACUUCUCAGGGAUCUACUGUCGUCUCAUAGUUUUUUUUCCUUUGAGGGCUCGGAAACUGAGCUUACCAACAUCGAUCCUGUGUUCAAAGUUUAUCACGACUGUGACGACGAGAAAUUGCCUGGCCUGCGGAAAGUGAAGUUCCGCAUUCCUAGCCAAUACAUCUCCAGCGGAAAAUCACCCAAACGUUUGUUCAACAUUGGUGUGCUCAACCUACAAACGAUUUUUGCCAAGGAGGAACGACGUUUUCUAUGA